GAAAUGUCAGUUGUUUGUUAUUGUCUGUUGUGAAUGCCUGCGAAGGUGUGAAAGUAUAUAAUUUCCUUGAAAGUGCAAGUUUUUGUAAAGUGUGUUGAUUUUGAAGUGAUCGAGAAUUGGGUUAAAACAAUGGAUUACAUAUCGUUUUCAAACUAUUCGUACGGUGACAACGACGACUACGCUCACGAACCGCACAUAAUGCCCGUGCCUUCGGGAGGACCAUGGAAUAUGCAGGGAUUGUCUUGGGGGUCGCAUUCACCGCCCCAGCUGGUGCAGUUCAACGCUCAAGUGCCUCAGCAACCCCGGUUUUCUACAAUAAUGCACUGCAAACGGAAAAGUUUGGAUCCAGAGCCAUCAAUCCCUGCAAAGAUAUAUAUAACUGAAGACAAAAUGGCAGAUCACCUGAACGGUCUUCAUCUGUCUACAGACUAUAGAACACACCACCUAGCCAGUAGUAAUAAUUCUAUGAGUAUGGAUGCUGGGCUCAUGGACAUGGACACUCUGGCCACCACUGAUGUCAGAGAUAAAUUAAAAGGACACACUAUUGUGCUCUCGGAGGAGAUAAAGAAACUUACGGAUGAGCCCCUGAUACCUCCUGCGCUAAUUGAAAGGUUAGAAAAGCCCUGCAUGUCCCUGGUUGUCUGGCAGCCCAAGGAAAGUGUAGUAGACAAACUAAAGGGUACUACUUCAGAGAACAGAAGAGAAGAAGAAGAACCAAAGAAACGUAAUGGUGUUCUCGUACCUGACAUGGGCAUGGAUGGAGAAAUGGAUGUGGAGAUGUAAGUUUAAUUCUGGUCUUAGAUGUAAUUUAGAGUUUAGGUUAAAUUAGUAAGGAUGUUUGUGAGUACAGUUGGUUCAAUUUAUAAUUUUUAUUUUUUUUCGUCCAAUUUCAAUAAAGUUUGGUGGAUAGAUAGAUUUUCCUAUUCUGUACAAUACAGUAUAAACGCAAUUUAAAUGACCUAAAAAAAUCUUCCAUUAAGUUACGAAAAAGUAUGGUGUUCUCGUUCAACGGAAUAUAUUUUUUUUGGGACAAGUUGUGAAAAAAAAUUAUUCGUGUCAAGAAAAUUUUCUAUAACAUUAUCCUAAUCAGAACACGAUACCAAACAUGGCCUUAAACGGAUCCCAACUAUAUUUAUUACACCAGGUGUCACCAAUUAGUUUAUUUAGAGCUCGGGUUUUUGAAAUAAAAUGUCCAUUGCGUCUACUUAAGUUCAUUAAAUAACCAAAUGUAAUGUGUGUACAGCAGAAAAUAGGUCUGGAUACGGCCUGCGGUCCGCAAAUUUUGGAAUGUGAUAAUUAUUGUAUUAAAUUGAUCCAACUGGCUGUAUCAAAAGCAGCUUAGCAGACUGAAGAGUGAAUGAUACUUUGAAAGGUCUUUGAUAUUGGAUACAAUGUUACAAAAAAAAUGCUGGCAUUUAUUUUGUUGUUUACUUUGUAAUCAUUACUGUAAUUACUGUAUACUGUAUUUUACUAUUUGCACUUGAAGUAAAAAUCACUUUAGCUCAAUGAGCAUUAACUCGUUUAUCCUUUUAUUUUAAUCUGAAGUCUUCAACUUUCAAUUCCGUACACGGCGGGAAGAAGUUGAUAACUCGAGAUAUAAAAUGGAACAAAUUUGAACUUAAAGUAAAAUUAUAUAAGGUUCAAAUUUCUUCAUUUUUUUUCUCUCUCGAGUUAUGAACUUCUUCCCGCCAUGUACGGAAUUAGUCAUAUGUCCAAUUAUAUACCUUAUUGAUUACAUGCUUUAUCAGGUGAAGCACAUUUCUUAAAUUGCCAACAUAUGAAUAAAGAAAUUCAAUGGAGCUUUAUUUAUAAACUCCAAAAGUCGUUAAUAACAGAUGUGUUCACGAAAAAGUGCCAUUCCUGAUGUUAGCCCGCCUGAACCCAUAUACGAUAUCUUAUACCAACUAUAUAAGAUUCAAUACUGACAUAUGAUGUCACUGGGCACCGAGGGGUUACUACAACACCAAUUAUUUAACUUUGACAGCUUAUUUGUUUAGAUUCAAAAUUACGCGCAACUCGAAAUGCACAGAACGAUAUGAGCUAUGCCACACUGCCGUAGCGCCCGUAGCGCGGCGCCGCGUCCAAUCCGCCCUCGGUCCGCCGGUCGAAUGCGGAACCGACGCGGAGCGGUCGCGGGGCGGAAUACACAAUAUUUGUUUAGUUUCAAAUUUAUUGUUUUGUCCAACUAUACAAAUGUAAUUGAACAUAAAUAAAACCUGAAACUUAUUUAAAAUACAUGCCAAUUUACCACAUUGCAAAUCUAUCAGUAUGUAUAUGUAUUAAAUGUAGCUUUAUUAACAACUUCUCUACCUUUGUACCUACUUGUAAAAUAUAAUAUACUACCACCUGAAUCGAUUUUUGUAUAUAAUCGUAUAGUAUAGUAGCUAAACAUUUUCGUAUACCUAGUUGUAAUUUGAAUCUUAUGCCCCAUUAAUAUAAGGUUGAUAUUAUUUUUAAACUUGGUUUGAUAUUGAAUCCUUUUUAAGCUGAAGUAAUGUGAUGAAUUGGUUUUGAUUUUAUUGGUGAGAUUUUUAACUGGUGGCACUAAAGACAGACCAACGAAACAAAAUAAAAAAUGUAAACCUAGUGUGCCUGGCCGAAAUGCCCAUCGUUCGGUCCAUAGCGAACGAUACGCAAUGUCUUAGUUCAGUCGCACUUAUAUAUUUCGUUCGCUACGUUGUGAAUGAUUGUCAUCUUGGCUUGGCACCCUGGCCUACUUUAUCAAUCAAUCAAUCAAAAAAAUCGAUAUCGAGCGAUUGAUUUGAUAUCUUCUUCCGUAUCUCGUACGCAAGAAUGUCGUCAGCUGGUUGACGAAGGCGGUUACGGCGGUUGAAGGAGGAUAUCAAUAUUUUGGCCACCAUUUUGUGAACCUUUUUGUGUAAUAAUUUCUACAAAUAAAAAUGUCCAAAACUGGAAGUUUGCUCGUUACGUUAGUCUUAUUUUGGUACUAGAUAUAGGAUAUAGAGUACAGAAUACGAUAAUGUCAUAAAUAUAUCCAACCUACAAUUAUUUUUAAUGUUAGACCAAGCCAACUCUGUGGCGAUUUUGAUAGUACGGUCACGUCUGAAAAUAUCGAUACGGGCAAAGUGCCAAAAAUAUGUAUACACUACCCUAAUAUAUGGGCCAUAAAGUCCUGCAUACAUAUUUUUGGCACUUCGAUCGUAUCGAAGUAUUCAGACGUGACUGUACAGGCUAUGUGUUAUUUUAAAACUCAAACUUAUAUUAAAUUAUGACGUUUAAAAUAAAUUCUAAUAGUCUGUGCUAUCAAAAGUCACUGCAGAGUUAACUUGAUCUGACUCCAUUCAACCCUAUAAAAAAUUACCGUUAUUUUGUCUGUUCUGUAUUAGCGUCAUGUAGUUUGUGUUUAUUUGUUGUAAUUAUGUUCGGAUGAACGUCGUUAUAAAAUACUGCUUUGACGCCGUCGUGAUCUUAUGUUAUGUAUGAAAUAAGAAUAAACGAUUUUUUAUUAAAA